UUUACAUAUUUUAUAAUAGAACAAUUUAUCAAUUCUUCUUCAAAUUUACUUUGCUUUCUUGUCAAACGACUUUGUGAACCUUGUCACCAAUUGUCAAAUACCGCAAAAAAAAAUCUCUAUUUUAAAAGUGUGCCGCCAUCUUGGAUUUUAAAGACCCCAAAAGAGUGCCGCCUAGUGGAGGAAAUUGUUACUAACAAGCUGUCAAAAUUAUUCACGCAAGACGUCAAAUUUUGAUUAUUAAAAAUUUUUGUAAAUUUUCGUACAUAUUUAGUUAAUGAAAAGGAACAAUAGAAAGAUAUAUUUUAAAAAUGUCAUAUAAAGUUGGUCAGAGAGUUGAAAUUGCUGGCAAAGAUUGCCAGGGAGUAAUUGCUUAUAUAGGUCAUCCUUCGUUUGCUUCGGGAAAAUGGAUUGGAGUAAUACUCGAUGAAGCAAAAGGUAAAAACAAUGGAACAAUUAAAGGACAAGUUUAUUUUAAGUGUGCCGAAAACCAUGGAAUGUUCGUGCGACAGGCGCAAAUUAUUUUAUUGGACGAAUCGGGAAAUAGAGCUGAUCCAGUUAGUCCUUCUUCUGCAGGAAGUAAUCCGACUACUCCCGAUGAUAGUGGAGCAGCUAGAGCAAGAAGUCGUCUCAACAGCAUCAGCAUUCGAAGAAGGAACGAACCGACGACUGUUAGAAGAAAAACAUCGCCAGCGCAAGUUAUUCGUCAGCAAACUGACAAACUUUCUGGUUCACGAUUAUCGUUGGCAGGAAGUAGAACUCAAUUGAGUGCGCCUAGUACUGAGAAUUUGAGUAUUUCCACACACGAACGAAAAGAUGUUGGCGAAUCCCUUAUUCCAGCACCAACCACCAUCACCAAAAGGGCGUCGUUCGUUGAGAAGUCCCCUAGCACGAGCUCGCCUUCCGGCAAAAAGCCAAAGGGCCAAGAUGACAAUACGGGCUUUGUGGAGACGUUAAAACCACAAUUUGUUCCUGGUCAAUCUAUCUCAGGUUCGACAACAAUUUCAAGUAACAUCGAAGAAAAACUCACGCACAUGCAAAUGGCACAAGAAAAUGAAAAUUUAAAAUCACAGGUUCGAGAUCUCACGGAAAAAGUAGAAUUGCUGAGAGUCAAACGAAUUCAAGACAAGGAGAGAAUGAAAGAUUUUGAGAAAACAAGAAUACAAUUGGAUCAACUUAUAGAAUUUAAGAGUAAAGUUAUGGAAAGUCAAGCACUUUUGCAAAGAGAUCUUCAACGAGCGAAACAAGAGGCUCGUGAAGCGCACGCAGCAAAAGAACAAUUUCAAGAAGAAAUGUCAGAUUUUGCCGAAACCGUUGAAAUGGCAACCCUCGAUAAAGAAAUGGCGGAGGAAAAAGCGGAAACAUUACAAAUUGAAUUGGAACAACUUAAGGAAAAAUUGGAGGAAAAAACACUUGAUCUAGAAAUAUUGCGCACGGAAAUGUCGGACAGAGUGGGAGGUGGCACGGCUUCCGGUACUUCGAGUUUCGAAGUUAGACAACUGGAACAGCAAAAUGCCAGAUUACGUGAGACUCUUGUGAGAAUGAGAGAUUUCUCCGCGCACGAGAAACAUGAAUUUCAAAAACUUCAGAAAGAUCUGGAACAGAAGAAAUCGGAAAUUAUGGAAUUAAGUCGCACUAAGGAGAAAUUAUCCGCAAGAGUCGAAGAAAUGGAGCACCAAAUCGCCGACCUGCAAGAACAGGUCGAUGCUGCUUUGGGAGCUGAAGAAAUGGUCGAAUUACUUGGCGAAAAGAAAAUGGCCUUGGAGGAAAAAGUUGCCGAACUGGAGGAAGCUGUUUCCGACUUGGAAGCUCUGCAGGACAUGUCAGAUCAACUCGCGGAAUCGUCGAAAGAAUUGGAACUUGAGCUUCGUGAGGAAUUGGAUCUUGCGUUGGGAUCGGCGCGAGACGCUCAAAGACACAAAGACGCGGCUUUAGAAACACUCGCAGAUCGUGAAUUAACUAUUGCAAAAUUCCGAGAGUUGACUCAUCAAUUACAAGAUCAAUGCCUCCAGCUGCAGCAACGAAUGCAAAGCACAGAAUCAACUAAAUCAGGAAACAGAGGUACAGAACAACAAUUGGCUGAUAUUCUCGAUUUCCAAAAGACAUUCGCUGAAACUCGAGCACAAACGAAAGCUGUCGAUUUGGAACUUCGUCGCUUGGAAACUGAGGAGGCACGAUGUCACGUUAAAUAUUUAUUAUCAUUCAUGCCACCGGCAUUUAUGAUUCGAGGCGGUGACAACGACGCAAUACUGAUGCUUCUUCUCAUUCCGAGAAUGACGAAGAAAACAGAAAUUUUAAUCUCACAAGUGCGAGAUAAAUAUCGACAGAUAGAAAAAUUCGACAGGCCAGGCGUAAUGAAGGGUCACUCGGUCGCUCAAUUUGCCUUUAGAUCACGUCUUUGCAGUCACAUGUAUGCAUUGCAAACGUCACUUGGCUGUUUUGAGUCGGCAUUGGAUAAUUGCUCAUCGGAAAUGUUAUUGAAGGCAGGUGCUGCAUAUCCAGAAAUGGCAGCGCAAGAAAAAUGUCUUGAUUAUCUAAUUGAAUUGGUUAAACGCGAUCAACUCGAUGAAAAUCUUCCAAUGGAUGCCGUGGAGAAAUGUUGCGGAUAUUUUUCAACAAUGUUCUCCAUUUUAUUUGAGGAGAAAGGCUUCGCUAAUCAAGCACAAUUAGUUAUCAACGGCACAAGAACAUUAGGCAGUUGUUGCGAGGCAAUAACAACAGACGCCUCAGCUAUCAAGACACUUAUUGAUGGCGAAGGCGGUGACAUUGCAUUAUUGUGUCAACAUGUGGAGACAACUUGUGAAGUAAUUCAGCAACAUUUGAAAUCCGCGAGACGAAGAGUACCUCGAGAGCAUUUGAUAGCUUCUUCUCCAGCGGAAGCAAGUUUGGGAUUAGAUAAAGAUUGGAUGGAGCAAUUGACAACUUGCUACCAACACGGAACGAAAAUUAUGAAAUCGUUACAGGAUUUACUAAAGAAUGCUAUUCAAGCAAUUACUACAAAUGGAGAUUUGGAUUCGGGUUUGACUGCUUCGAAAUUAAAGGAAAUGGCCGCAGCGUCAACGGAAAAAAUAUAUGACACGGAAGAUUUAGGCCCUGUAGCGUCCAUAAAAGCAAGCUUGACAGUUAUUCAACAAGUUGCUGCUAAUUUAGCGCAAAAAAUGGCCGAAUGCGAAAAUGAAUUGGCCAUUUCUGGUAAUGCAUUGAAACAACAACAGCCGACUAGUGGCGAGCCGACAAAUCCAAUUUUAGUUCGUGCACAAACAGUCAAAAAAGAAGCCGAAGAAACUAAAAUACUCAGCAGAAAACUGGAGUCGAGAGAUAGUGAUAUAAGGGAGGCGAGAAUUGCUUUACGCGAGAAGCAAGAAGAAAUAUCGGAGAUGAGCCUUAGGAAAGAAUUAGCAGAGAAGCGACUUGCCACUCAGCAACAUGAAAAUGAAUUAAACAUCGAGAAAUUGAAGAGGAAACUAGAGGAAGCGCAAAAUCAACUCAAGCGAAAGGAAAAAGAAUUCGAAGAAACAAUGGAUCAUCUACAAACGGAUAUUGACAGUUUAGAAACUGAGAAGGGACAAUUGAAGGAAAAAUUAAAAUCCUAUGGAAAGAAGACGUCGACAACUUUAUCGGGAACAGAAGGGACAACAAGUGGUUCGUUGGAUGUCAGUUUGCCCGGUGAAGUAUCACAUGAUAAUCGACUUCUAUUGAAUCAAAUUAAUGCCCUAAAAGGAGCUUUGAAUAACGAACAACAAGAAAAAUGUAAAUUACUCGCUGCCGAUAUGUUUAAGAAAUUAGAAUCAUUGAGUCCAUUACAUGUUAUCGAUAAGAAAACUGUGGAUCCAAAAUUAAUUGAAUUAAGGAAGAAACGAUCGGAACUCGUCAAGGAAGUGAAUGAAGUUGCAUUAUUCCCUAAAGUUCCGGACUUGACUCGCAGUAAAUUGAUAACAAAAGAGUCGCCAGUUCUCGAGAAAGCAAUGCCCGCUUAUCAAUUGUUGAAGCGAAAAAUGGACCUCAAAAAUUUGAAAGAACGAACCGAUCAAUUGGCUAGUGAAAUUCGUAGCGAAUUAGUGAAAAGGACCUUAGGUGGAUGCGCCGAAUCGAAUUUCGCCGUGUUUCCAAGUCGUGAAAUGGUGGCUGCUAUGAACGAGAAAAAGAAAGCAAUGGUCGCAGAAAUUGGUAUUCCACAUCCCGGUCCAUCGGAAUCAUUUAAAAUGAAUAUUGGCACUGAAGAAUUACGUAAAGUUCACGCUCUUCUAUGUUAUUAAGAAAAAAAAUUGCUUAUUCCUCGUCUAUCCGAACUAUUGAAAAAAUUGUAAUUAAAUUGAAAAAAAAAUAUUAUAAACAUUUAAUUUAUAAUUGAGAGUAUGUCAAAGUCAUAGAAGUUUUUCCAUGUAAAAAUCAUAACGACUUUGACUAAACUCUUCGAAACAUUGAAAUUGAUUCGCUAUUUUAUUAUUAUAUAAUAGCUUUGUAUAUUAUUACCAUUUUUUUACUUACCUAGUUUAAAAUUAUAUUACUUUAUUUAAAUUUUAUUAAUAAUUAGUUCUUUAUCAUAGCAAAAUAAAAAUUUCCUCACUUAGAUAAAAAAAAUUAUGCGAUUUCUAUUUAUUUAUAAAACUAAUUGAAAAAAAUGCAAAUCGUAUUUAUUUACACGAGAAAAUCGUCUCAUAUAUACUUCAUCAAUAGACAAUUUUAAUUAGAUUUUCAAUUGAUUACGACAAUGUGCAAUAAUCGCUUUUUUGUAUUUCCAAAUUUCGAAUCGUAUUUCUUUCCAUUCGUAAUAAAACAUUUUUUUACUACAACUUUUUGUACUUAAUUUCAUACGAAUCACUAUCGCCUUGUAAAAGUUAAAAUAAAGAUUAUUUAAAUGA